GCCGCCGCGCCGCGCACCCAUGGACGGCCCGGCCAUCAUCACCCAGGUGACCAACCCCAAGGAGGACGAGGGCCGGGCGCCUGGCGCGGGCGAGAAAGCUUCCCAGUGCAAUGUCAGCUUAAAGAAGCAGAGGAACCGCAGCAUCCUUAGCUCCUUUUUCUGUUGCUUCCGUGAUUAUAAUGUGGAGACCCCUCCAUCCAGCAGUCCCAGUGUGCUUCCGCCACUGGUGGAGGAGAAUGGUGGGCUUCAGAAGGGUGACCAGAGGCAGGUCAUUCCCAUACCAAGUCCACCAGCUAAAUACCUCCUUCCAGAGGUGACGGUGCUUGACUAUGGAAAGAAAUGUGUGGUCAUUGAUUUAGAUGAAACCUUGGUGCACAGUUCAUUUAAGCCUAUUAGUAAUGCUGAUUUUAUUGUUCCGGUUGAAAUCGAUGGAACUAUACAUCAGGUGUACGUGCUGAAGCGGCCACAUGUGGACGAAUUCCUCCAGAGGAUGGGGCAGCUCUUUGAGUGUGUGCUCUUUACUGCCAGCUUGGCCAAGUAUGCAGACCCUGUGGCUGACCUCCUAGACCGCUGGGGUGUGUUCCGGGCCCGGCUCUUCAGAGAGUCCUGUGUUUUCCAUCGUGGGAACUACGUGAAGGACCUGAGUCGCCUGGGUCGGGAGCUGAGCAAAGUGAUCAUCGUGGACAAUUCUCCUGCCUCCUACAUCUUCCAUCCUGAGAAUGCAGUGCCUGUGCAGUCCUGGUUCGAUGACAUGACGGACACGGAGCUGCUGGACCUCAUCCCCUUCUUCGAGGGCCUGAGCCGUGAGGACGACGUGUACAGCAUGCUGCAGAGGCUCUGCAAUAGGUAGCCCCGGCCUCGGCCCGCCUCCUGCCUCUGCACUCUGGAACCUCUGGCCUCAGGGGACCUGCCUGGCCUCAGCUCCCUGGAGCUGAAAGUGAGGACUCCAUGCUCCAGGCCACAGGGUGAAUGUGGCCACGCCUACCUGUUUGUUUUUUAAGAACAGAAACAACUAUUUUAAAAAGAACUCUUUUAACAAAUUUCAUAAAGCAACAUGCAUUUUACUGGAUUUGCUUUUCUUAAAACAUACCAAAAAGAAAAAAAAAUGGGGGGUAAAAAAGCUUGAUAUCUAUCAGACUUCCUUUCAACUGUUCUCCCCUCCAAACAGACAACCUGUCCCCUUCUGUCCCAGCUCAGAGCAGCUGACCCAACUCAGAAUCUCUUUCCUACAGGAUGAAGUGCCUUUUUGAAUGUUAUUUUAAGCUGAGAGUUAAUUUUUCUACACAAACAUAUUUCCAGACAUCUUUUAGCCUUUUAUUGUCUUAGAUACUCUGAGAAGAUGAACAUGACGAUUUUCUAGAACCUGGUAGUGUGUGUAUAAUGGGGUGGGGGGUGAGGGAGGGAGAGUCAUUGAUGCCUGUUUCCCAACAGGUGUGACUUUGCUCUGAUGACCCGUGGCAUGCUGCAGGGUCAGGCUCCCAUUGACAGGAGUUUUUUGUGACUAUGUCAUUGUCUCCACUCAUUUCUGACCCAGUUUGGAAUGUAUCUGCAAUUGUGUGGCUCAACAUUUUAGGAAACAAUAUUCUUUUAUAUUAUGAUUUCUGAUGAUGACAAAUUUUGUCUUGAGGUUACAUUUUCCCCUUGAAAAGUGACAUCACACCCUUGAAAAGUGACAUCACGUCACUUCUGCUUUCACACUACUGCCAUAUCUUCUGUGUGUUUUUUGCUGUUCUGCUGUUAUCGGUUUUGGUAGAACAGUUACGAGAAACUCUGAAACCCUUGGAUACAAAAAAAAAAAAAAAAAAAGCCUGUUUAUUGAAUUUUAAUUCCUUUCCUUUCCAAAAGCUGGAUAUACAUGGAGCUGUUUGGGAAUUUUCUUUGCUGCUACCGUGCUGCCACCAAAUGGAAUUGACCAGCGGCUGUUACACUGUUCUUUGCCACUGUGCCUAUGCUCAGAACAUGCUCACUGCUAAGCUGCAAACUUGGACAGGGUCAAAAACGGGUGUCCCACCCCAUGGCAGACUGCACCAACUGUGUUCCUUCCCUGGCACUGGCCGCCAGGAAUACAGAAGUGUACAGAGGCACAAGGGCCAGAGCACCACACAGCUGUAACAUUUAACUUUGAACUGCAGUCAACAUCAGGUCCUCUGAUGAGCUGACUGUUUUCACUGGAGAACCAGGGGCCUCAACCAGCCACCAGUUUUAUGUGGCCCGAGUCCAUCUCUUGGUCUCCUUGGAAGCACAGCUAUUUUGAGCCAAAAGUGGGGAAGCCUGUCUAGCUGGGAGACCCACUCCAAACCAGGGAGAAGAAGGGCUCCUCCUCUGAGCCAGGCUCUCUUCUCAGCCUCUCCCAGUUUGGUGUUUAAGCAGUGCCAUGUUCCUUGUUUGACAACAAGAUAGUCUAUAAAGUAUUGCUUUUCAAAGUAAUUAAAAAGAACCCUUUUGUUUUGGCACCAUUGCCUUAGUCCUCUGUGGGUUGUCCUCAGCCAGAGUACUGGUGGGAGUGACUGGCUCUAGCAAGGUGCAAAACUAGGGGUCUGAGUAAGAUUCUUCUUGUGCUUUCCACUCAGAAAAUAAUGAAGCCAGCUGCCAGUCGUAUCCUCCCCACAGCACUUUGGUCUGUUGAGUGCUGUGCAUUCAGGAGAAAAUAUUCAGGGGCAACCGGGUCUCCUGACAUUCAAAGUGUUCCAAACCCAGUAAUCCAUAUGCCAAUUAAAAUAGAAACAGCCCCUUGCUAGACAUUGCCACAGAUAAUGACAGUUACAUGGCAGGUCUGUCCAUGUCAUAAACCUUCAUUUAGAAAAACAGUCAUUAAAUGACCCCACUGCCUUAAAUGUCUUGAAUGUUCCAGUCAAGUGUCUGUCAGGUGUUGAUAUCCACCCAGAACUAGGCCCUAAGGAGCCUUAGCCCUCCACCAUGCCCCCUUCCAUGUUGGCAGCACAGGGCCUCACUUAGAAGAGGGGCAGAGAGGAUUAAAAUUCCAGAAUAUUUCAGGGGAGUGCUCCCCUUCUGGCAAGUGGAGUUAAACACAUGUCAGGCUUGAGCCAAACCCUUCACCUCCCAGCUCCUGCACCUGGGAGCGCAGUUCAUGCCAUUGCACUAAUCCAGUGUGGAGCUAUUGGGAAGGGAGCCCAGUUCCUGCCACCACAGACCCAGAAUGUCAUGAGUGGGCGACCAAAACCUCUGAGGGUUCUGGAAUCUGUGCACCUUAUUUGACCACACUCCAAAAUUCCGUUUUUAUUUUAAUCCUUGAUUCUGCUCUGUGUACAUAAUCAAAUUAUCUAUAUCUAUAUAUAUAUUUUUAAUCAUCUACCUGUAAAUGAAGCAAUAGAAUUCUAACAAGGCCAAGAAAUGAGGCAAAUGGGGUUUAUGGUUUUUAAAGGUAAAUACGGGUAUUGUUUUUAAUUAUUACCUUUUAUUAAAUUGUGGGCUUUAAAACCUAAUGAAACCUAUUAUCUACUUCUCUGUGCCAUAUAUUUCCCACGUUACCAAAUGUUCAGACUUUUUUUAGCUACAAUGAAGUCUGACCUCCAGUUUCCAUGGUCCUCUCAGUACCAGAUUACAAUGUAGCCUCCUGGGCAAGUAUUUUUUACAUUAAGAUCUGGGACAGGAUUCCUUGGGUUUGUGGACUCCCGCCCACUAUGAUGUUACGACAUCUCUGGCCAGGCCUAGAGCUGGGGGUGCCCAGGCACUCCUGAUAACGUUAAGGCUCCGUCUUCCAUUGCUCUGGAAUCCUAUGUGUUGGUCUGUGGUUUCACACACUAGCUGUUUUUAAACAAUGCAUUUGUAUACUAAUAAUAAACACCACCUGUCAUGGUUGAUGAUUGGUGGGGAAUCUCCUUUGACAUGGUGCAAUUUUGAUGAGAUGACUUUGGGGACAUGGUGCCCCAAUGACACUGACUUGUCACGGUUGCAGCAUUUGAACUUUGGGUGUAAAGGAGAAGUCUGUAAGUCUAUGUAUUGGCAACAAUUUACAACCCUGUUGUAAAGAUGGCUUUCUAAUAAAAUCCAGAAACACACAGCCCUAUGGUCAAACACUCGUGACGUUUAUGCCUCUGCUUCUAAAGGUGCUGUGCUGGACAGUUGGCAUGCCAGGGGUUGAGAAGAACAGAUGGCUUGAUGCAUUUGCAGUUACCUGUACAAAAUGGACUGGCUGCCUCUGUUCCUAUUUUACUGUAAAUCUGAUGGUGUCUGUUCCAGGUCCAUUCUCCCAGGAGCUUCUCUGCAGACUAACCCCCCACCCCCGCAAGCAGCAGAGAUGUUGGUGUCUGGGUAGUCAUGGGUUUCUGAUGGACAUUUGAACGUGAUGAACAAUCCAGCAUUACUUUGGACUGUGCACAUUUCCAGGGGCGAGUGUUGUCAGUCAAGAGGUUUGCAAUGAUUUC